AUGGCUGCCUCGUACCAAAAUCCGGCUCAAGCUGUGUUCCCGGACAGCUAUGUCGGUUUCGACACCAUCACCAAGCAGAUUGAGAGGAAGUCGGUCAAGCGAGGCUUCCAGUUCAACGUCAUCUGCGUCGGCCAGACAGGUCUCGGCAAGUCGACGCUCAUCAACACCAUCUUUGCCUCGCACCUCAUGGACAGCAAGGGCCGCUUCCUGCCCGACGAGGAGGUACGCUCCACGACCAAUAUCCACCCCGUUUCGCACAUCAUUGAGGAAAACGGUGUGCGUCUCCGCCUGAACAUCGUCGACACGCCCGGCUACGGCGAUCUGAUCAACAACGAGCGCUGCUGGGACCCCAUCGUCAAGUACAUCAAGGACCAGCACAGUGCCUACCUCCGCAAGGAGCUGACGGCGCAGCGUGAGAGGUACCUCCAGGACACGCGCAUUCACUGCUGCUUGUUCUUCAUCCAGCCCUCCGGCCACGCUCUCAAGCCCAUCGACAUUGUUGUGCUCAAGAAGCUGAGCGAGUUUGUCAACGUUGUGCCUGUUAUUGCCAAGAGCGACAGCUUGACCCUGGAGGAGCGUGCUGAGUUCAAGCAGCGGAUAAAGGAGGAGUUCCAGUUCCACAACCUGCGCAUGUACCCGUACGACAAUGAGGAGGAUGACAACGAGGAGGUUGCGCUGAAGACUUCCAUCAAGGAGCUCAUGCCUUUUGCUGUUGUCGGCUCUGAGAGGACUGUUGUUGUCAACGGCAGGAACGUCCGUGGCCGCCAGAACAAGUGGGGCAUCAUCAAUGUCGAGGAUGAGAACCACUGUGAAUUCGUCUAUCUUCGCAACUUCUUGACGCGCACCCACCUCCAGGAUUUGAUCGAAACCACUGCGCAGAUCCACUACGAGUCCUUCCGUGCCAAGCAGCUUCUUGCACUCAAGGAGAGCUCCGCUGUUGGCGGCCACUCGUCCCGACCCAUCUCGCCCUCUGCCGACCGCGAGCUUAGCAGGAACAGCCAGCGCAUGACUAUGAACGGCUACUAG